AUGGUUUCUUUCCGAAGUCGUUUCCCAUGGAGAACAUCUAGCAGCACAACUCGAACCUCAAAACAGGAGCGUGGCGAUCUGCAUGCCGCACGGACCACGCUGGCACAGGCCGUGGCGCUGGUACCCGACCACGCGGGCUACCGUGCCGAACAGGCCACGGCCGAUACCGAGGCGCUGCGCCUGGCCGAUGCGCACACAGGUUUUGACGCGGCCCUGGCGCUGGCGGGCGACGACUACACCAGCCUGGCUGGUGCCGGCCUCCUGGCGCUGCAGCAGGGGGAUGCCGAAAUGGCGCGCACGCAGUUGCUCAAGGCACUGGUGAUCGAGCCGCGCUACGCGCGCGCCCAGGUGUGGCUGGCUGUGGCCGAGUACCGGCUGGGCGAACUGGCCGCGGCUUUCGACUCGCUGGAUCGGGCGCGGCUGGCCGACCCCAAUGACCCGCUGCCGUGGCAGAUCGAAUCCAUCCUGCGCAACGACAGCGGCCAGCCCGAGGCCGCGAUUGCCGCUGCGCGCCAGGCGCUGCGGAGGCUGCCCUACCUGAAGUCGCUGAACCCGCUGGCGUCGGACAGCCAGGGCUCGGCCAACCUGGGCAAGGCGCUGGGCGACUUCGGGCUGGAGCACUGGGCCCGCGCCUAUGCGCAGCAGUCGUAUUACCCGCUGUGGGCGGGCAGCCACUUCUUCAUGGCCAAC